AAUUCAAAAAUUUCUGUGAAUAAAGUAAAAAGUUCAGUUUUGUAUUCAAUGCGCAACUUCUUUCUAUGUGCUCACUUCCGGAACAAGCACUGUUGAAAAAAACAUUGAAAGUGUUACUCAUCCCGUUAAAAUUAGUUCUAUCGAUUUAUUUUGCCCUUAACUUGUGAUUGAUGUAACAUUUUGUCUUGUAAAUAUGGCCAAUAUUGCUGCUGCUCGAAUACAAAGAGAAUUCAAAGAAGUGGUUAAAAGUGAAGAGGUGGAACGAUGUAAGAUAAAAGUUGCUCUGAAAAAUGAUAUGUAUAAUGAGUUAGAAGGGACAAUAGCAGGACCUCCCGACACACCAUAUGCUGGAGGAACAUUUAAACUAGAAAUUAAAAUACCAGAAACAUAUCCAUUUAAUCCUCCUAAGGUAAAAUUUACGACAAGAAUUUGGCACCCAAAUAUUAGUUCUGUCACAGGAGCUAUUUGUUUAGAUAUUUUAAAAGAUCAGUGGGCUGCUGCUAUGACAUUAAGAACAGUUUUAUUAUCGUUACAAGCUUUGUUAGCUGCAGCAGAACCCGAUGAUCCACAGGAUGCAGUUGUAGCCAAACAAUAUAAAGAUUGUCAAGAAAUUUUUAUAAAAACAGCCAGACAUUGGACAAAUAUAUAUGCUGGUGGUCCCCAUAGAGAAUUGGAUUUAGAAAAUAAAAUUACACAAGUAAUGGGAAUGGGAUUUGAUGAGGGCAAGGCUAGAGUAGCACUAUCAUCACAUAAUUGGGAUAUAGAAAGAGCAACAGAGAAUUUACUCAGCUAAUAUUCAUGUGUUAUAGACAUUUUAACAAAUCUACGUCCUUUUGUUAUUUAUGUUGAUGAUGAAACUCAUAUGUGAUAUUGUUAUGCUGGAGGGCAAGGAGAAGGGUAACGCCAAUACUAUGGAAGACAUCAUUGUUAUAAAUCAACUAUUUGUCAGAAUAGUUACCAAUCAUCAUGUACAGAUUUAAAUCAAAGGGCUGUUCCAUAAUUGGUUUUUGUUGGAGAUGGGAGACACUCAUAUUGUGGGUGGUUCUAUAUUCCAUAGAAAAGGAUAAACAAAAAUGUAAAUGAAAAAUUAAUAUAAUCGUAGGUUGAGGUCUUAAAAAUAGGUACUUCUCAUGUCCCCCAUGAUUUUUGUUCUGGAACAGCUCUAAUGAUUUUUCAAUAAUUUCAUUUUUUUAUGGGCAAUGUUUAUAGCGACUCCUGAAGUUGUUACAUGUACAAAAGUUAUAUAGCUUGUAAUUUGGAAGAUUUUUCUUUAUAAUAUCUGUUUUUAUGUUAAGGAAGAUUGUACCUUUUAGAGUUGAACUUCACCUUUAAAUAGAUUAUUUUUCAAAAUUCUACCCAUUGCUGAAAUAAAUGUUGAAAAUCUAUGCACUGAAAACAAUACAGCCAUGAAACAAAAUAAAAUAAGUUAAAUGGAAAAUAUGAUUUUAAAAUCUUCACUGUAUUAACGUUAUAUGCUGAGAAACACUAUUAGAUAUAAACCUUGGGUUAAAAAAAUCACACUCAAAGUGUUUUAUCCUGUUUAUUCCAUGGAGGCAUAAGUGUGAAAAAUUGUGAUUACUAAUUAUAUCAUACACAUUUUUAAAUUGGUGAAACAGGCAUAAGAAAAAAUAUACCAUCUCUUUUUGAACAAAUGACAUGUGAUUGACCUUUGUAUGAACUUUCAAAAUGUUGACAAAAAAUAAUCAUAUAUGACAAACUAAAUAAUGUGUUUUUAAUAAACAUUGUUAUUGUAUACACAAUUGUCAAUCUUUAUAGCAUUGCACAAAGUUCUGAUGCUAUCUCUAAAAUUUCCCCAUAACAUUAAAAAGUUGGAGGAUUUGCAUGAACUUUAAUUCAGAUCAGAAAUAGAGUUUUCUUAGCACAGGAAACAGAAAAAGGGAGAUAACUAACGUGACAAAGUAGUAUUAACCUUUAACUCUGGUCUUGCCCUCCAUAAUAUCACCUCAUUGUAUGUUAUACCUACUUAUAUCAUGUGAUCACUAUGUCAACAGAGACUUAUGUCAUGUGAUCAAAUAACAUUAUGUCAACAGAGACUUAUGUCAUGUGAUCAAAUAACAUUAUGUCAACAGAGACUUAUGUCAUGUGAUCAAAUAACAUUAUGUCAACAGAGACUUAUGUCAUGUGAUCAAAUAACAUUAUGUCAACAGAGACUUAUGUCAUGUGAUCAAAUAACAUUAUGUCGACAGAGACUAAUGAUUGCUUGUACAAUUACUGUUUUAUUGAAGUUUAAAAUUGAUUGUUUUUGUUAGAACAUUACAUAACAUGGAUCUCCACAGACUAACAUUAAAAUUGUUUGCACCAAAUAUCUAUGACUACAUGUUAUAUUGGAUUACUAGACAAAUUAUUUAUGGCUUUUGACUGCUUUCUUUGUCUUCAUUAUAGAUUUAUUUCAACAUUUUUUUAAUGUUUUCUCUCAUUUUGAGUCAUAAUUUUAAGGAUAUGAUAAGGUCCACAGUCUUCACGACGAACUUUUAAAUCUACAGACCCAGAGCUCAAUUUUUGAAAAUUUUUAGUUAAAUUCUGUUGGCCUGUAGAUAUGAUUUGUACAGGCCAGAGAGCAAUCUAACUAGCCUGGGCUGCCACUCAGCGUGAAGACUGGGUCCAUAGGAUAUGUUUUACUUAAGGAGAAACAAUGUAAGGUUUACAUUUUUAGAAUACAGAUUAAACCUGUUAAAGGAUCAGACAGGCAGUGCAUAUAAAGUAUGAAAUGAAUUAACAUUGGUCGUAAUAGCAACAAUGUAUUUUACCUUAAAUUUAGAAAUUGGAUGGGUUUGCUACCUAUGUUUUCUGUCAAACUUCUUUAUUUGAACUAAGGCAUCCAUUAUAUUUGUAGAUGUCAAAUAUAGUCAAUAUUACAAAAUUUAUUUAAGUUGAUCUAGUAUCUGAAUGUUUUUCAAUUGCAUAGUUUACAAAGGACUAAGAUUUGAAAACAAUCAAAAAUUGUCUAUAUCAGUAAAUUGAGAUUUUACUGGACCAAAUGCAAUUUUUAAUUGUUUAGCGAUAUGAUUAUGAAUUAAUUAAGAGGGUCUGUUUUAGGUAGGAAAAACACAUCAUCAGAUUUUCAAACUUUCAUAUAAAAUUCAUUAUAAUUGUUAUAAAUAUUAAUCAGUUUUUGAAUUUUGCAUGUAUGGCAAAAUAAGAUUGCAUUAUAUAAUCAAUUCACUUUCAAUUACAUAAGAAAUCCUUGGCAAGUAGGGUAGUAGAUUUGUGAAAAUAAACCAAUUUUCUUUGUAUAGUAUUAAAACACAGAACAAAUUUUAUUAAUGCUCCACUUUAUAAGUAAUAUAUAAACAUUUGUAAGAUUUAAUAGGGACAAAACUCAAAUGUUGUAGCUAACUGAGUUUUCUAAUAGAAAACCAAUCACAUUCAUAGAAAACUGAUUUGAAUUUCCAAAGAAGAAUCCAUAUUUUUAGCCUUAUGUUUUCAUAUUAAGAAGAGAUCAUCGGUAUUGUUAUUCAUUAAGCCUGUGAUUUUAAUGUCUUGAAUGUGUUGAAUGUGAAGUAUGAUUGUACUCUUAGAUGCAUUAAACCUAUCCUAUAGAUCUCUUGUUAUUUAAACUGUUAUCAAGGUUUAAGAAGUCCGUUCAGUAGCGUAGAAGGGACUUAUUAUGGUAUUCUUUUGUCGUUCCUUUCCACAAAGGAAGAGACUGUUUUGAUCAUUUCAUAAAUUGAACAUCAAAAUAUUUAAAAAUCCUCAGAAAAUAUUAGUUUUUGUUCUUUUGGCCAUUCAACUUUUUUGAUUGGAGGGUCACUGAUGAGUCUCUUUGUAGAAAACACAAGUCUUGUUUAUAAAUAAUAAAACUCUUUGAUGAUUUGUUUUAGUUCCUAUAUGUAAUCUUUAUUAUCUAUUCUUUAAAUUGCAUAUCAGUUAUUUGGCAUCUGAAUGGCUGUUGGUCAGAAUCUAAUAAAAAAAUGCUUCAUGUGAAGUGAAUGUGAUUAUAUAUAUACAGGUUUGGUUUAGAUCAUGUUGAAACUAUGAAUGGUUAAAAGUUGUUAUUUAGCAGAUGUAUUGCUAAUUUUACUAUAAUUAUUAAGGGAUGUAAUUGAUUCAAGUAUUAGCAGAUGUCAAAUUUUCAGAUUAAUUGAACAGUUAUUUUGCCUUUGUAAAUAGAUUUCAGGCUUAUCUGAAUAUAUUUAAUGUAUAACACACUUGUUAAUUUGUAAGACCUUUGCAGGAGCAAGGAUAAUUAAAAACUUAAAAUUUUGAGAUGAGUAUUAUUAAGUUAUGAAUGUACCAAGUUCCAUGCUUGCUUGAGACUAUGAUCUUGGAAAGAAAACAAACAUAUAAUCACACCAAAUCUUUCUAUGUCUAUAUAAAAUAUUUGAAAUUAUAUAAAAAACACCCCAAAAAAUUACAUUAUAUAACAAAUUGUCAACAUAAUUUUAGAUCAUGUUUAAAUCUUAUUGUCAAUUAGAAGAAACAAAAGGUUAAGAAUAUGAAAAGAAAGUUUACUGUCUCACUUUUACAAUCAAAAGUUGCAUUUAUUUAAAUCAUUCAUAGGUGAAUGAAAAGUCUAACUUUCUAUUCCACAAUACUUGUAUGACUCUAUAGAAAUUUAAUUUUUUAAUUUCACAAGAACUAAAAUUCAAACAAUAAUAGGAAUUGAAUUUUGGCAGUAUAAAUGUAAAUGAAGUUGUAGAGAAAGAGUUUAUGAUCCUGCUUGCUGAUUUGUGUGAGAAAAUGUCUUGAUUAUAUCUUCACCAUUUUAUCUUAGGUACAGAAACAACUAAAAAGUGAAUUUUGCCUAAAUUUAGGUCCAUAUCAGCAUCAACUAUAAUAAAAGGUUCUACAAUUGGUAGAUGCCAAAUAUAAGUUUUCCUUCACAUAGAUUUGCAAUCAAAUUUUGCAUCAGGUUAUAGUCCCAAAAGAUAAAAAAUAAAUGGGAAACCAUUUAAUUUCCAAAAGAAAGAGUGGAAAUACAUGUUUUAUCACUAAUUAGAUGUGUGAUAAGUUUGAAAAAAUUGUUAUUUAGACAAUAUUUACAUCCCUUAGUCUUGACUUAAGUGUUUUAUUUGUAAUAUAAUUAUAUUUGCUUCAUUGUGUAUAUUCCUUAAUGAAUGACAUCUUAUUGGGCACUUGGAUUUGUUUUUAAUUAUAAAUUUAUUUGAAAAAAUACCUGAAUUAUGAUAUGAUGUGUGAAAGAAUCAUUUAAGUUUUCCCUAUAUAUUGAAUUUUUUAAUAUAAUUUAUGACAGAAACUAUUUAGGGACAAUUCAGUCUUAUUUCCCGAAUAUUUAAAAUUUCGUUGCAAUUUACCAAGUACCCUUUAAAUUUAGAUACAAAAAGAUCAGUUCACACAAUAUAAACGCUUGAAACCAGCAUAAGAUGUUAAUCAGUUGUUUAUUAAAUAAACUUUUUUUAUCAA